UACUUAAUUUUGUCUAAAUCCAAAAAUCUUUCUUUCUCCUCAUUUGCUUCAAUCGUGUUUAAAACUCCUGAAAGAAAAAAUUCUCUCAAUUUUUUAAAUCCCUUCGUACGACCAGUGGGACGAGUGUUGCUUGCAUCGUCUGUUCUGUGGUGUGUGUGAGUGAAGAAGAAGAAGAAGAGAUGUUGGGAGCUGGUGGGUUUCAGUUGACUAAGCUGCAUAAUAAAGCUCAGAGCGUCGUCAGAUCGAUUCACAGUCAAGAACGCGGGUCUGCAUUGGAGGAGUCGACAAUAACAAGUAAUGUAGAACGGUUUUUGGAGUCAGUCACACCAUCUGUGCCUGCUCACCACCACUAUCUCUCCAACAAGCUUAAUGGAAGUGAAAAGAGAGGCAGUGAUGUGGUUGAGUUGUUGCAGCCUCCUCCUCCUUACUUUGUUCUUGGAGAUGUAUGGGGAUCGUUUGCAGAGUGGAGUGCUUACGGCACUGGAGUUCCUCUCUCUUUGAAUAACAACAACUACAAGGAUCGUGUCAUCCAAUACUACGUUCCUUCUCUCUCCGCCAUCCAAAUCUACGCUCCUCCUUCUCAUACCUUUAGCUCUUCUCUUCAACCAAGGCGGGUAGGUGAGGAGAGCGACAGCAGCGAUUUCAAGGAUUCUAGCAGCGAAGGAAGCAGCAGCAGCGAAUCAGAAAGAGAUCCAAAAGAGCAGAUGAUCUCUACAGCUAGUAUGGACCAAAAGGAGCAUCCGGAAGACUCGUCCUCCAGUGAUGAUGAUGGCGACGAGCCUUUAAGAAGCUCUCAAGGCCGUUUGAUAUUUGAGUAUCUUGAACGUGAUCUUCCUUACAUCCGUGAACCCUUUGCCGACAAGGUUUGUCUAUAUUAACACUGAGUAUCAAGUUAUCAA